AUGAUACGACAACUGUUUGCCAUUGUGCUCAUCUAUGCGAGCAUUUUAGUGGCUGUGUCCGCUGUGAAGUUUGAACUGCCAGCUGUUCCGUCUUCUCGAGUGGAAGAAAGCAAACGCUGCAUUUCGCAGUACGUUCCUAGAGAUACUACCGUACUGCUGACGGGCAAGAUUGGCCAAGGAUAUAAUCAAGUGGCGGGCUUCGAGAUUAAAGACAACAACGACCAACCCAACGUAUAUGGCCGUCAUUCCAAGUACACGGGCGAAUUCCGUAAUGCUUUCGAUACUCGUUCUGAUGGUGUAGUGAGCAUUUGUUUUACCAACCAACUUCAAGAAGGUUUCAACGAAGCUCCUCAAUACACACGUACCAUCGAAUUAGAGUUUAACGUAGGUGCCGAAGCAUUGGAUCUCAAGCAGAUUGCCAGCUCCGAGAAACUUGGACCGCUCGAAAUUGAGUUGCGUAGACUCGAAUCGAUCGUCAAGUCCAUUGUGGGUCAGAUGGAUUACCUGAAACGUCGUGAAGAACGUAUGAGAGAUACCAAUGAAUCGACAAAUGAACGUGUCAAGUGGUUCAGCUUAUUGUCUCUGUUCACACUGAUCAGCUUGGGUGUCUGGCAGAUUUUAUACUUGCGCAGUUUCUUCAGAAGAAAGCGGUUGAUUGAUUAG